AUGUAUUCGUACCAGUAUUCCUCUGCCUACCAGCAACCUACAUCUCCCACCACUGAACCAACUCAGCCCACGGAUGGGACAACCAUGUAUUCGUACCAGUAUUCUUCGUCCUCUGCCAUGGAAACACCACAGUGGCCGAGCUCCUCUACCUACCAGGACCCUCCGUCUUUCUCUGAAGAAACACCUCGAUCUGUAGAAGUGCCGAGCGCGUAUUCGUACCCGGAUUCUUCAUCCCAGAUCUUGACAGAGCCGAGUCAAAACACGAGUCUAUCUGACAACUCGAGUUUUCACUGCCUUCAUGCUGGCUGUACCUCCAGGCCCUUCAGACGGGCCGCCGACCUCCAGCGCCACUACAAGCACACUCAUCAGCCUGAAUCGAACGAGGCAAAUUACUGCGACUACCCACGAUGCACACGCUCCCGCGAGCCUUUCCGACGCCGCGAUCACUUCCGCGACCAUCUCCGUGAAUACCAUCGCGAGGAUAUCCAGAAGCGUGGCGAAGUCGUCAACGAAGAGUGGCUAGAUGAUCGUCACUCGGUUUCGAGCUGGUGGCGUUGUGCACGAUGUCUCAUUCGUGUCUAUGUCUCUCAGAAUAACUUUGAAUGCCCCCAAUGCAAGGGGUCGUGUGAGCCCAAGCGCAAGGAGAGGCGCCGCGGGCAUUGA